UCUGCCACUUUACGAAACCAAUCUGCCAUUCUGCGAAUUACCUUUUUCUCUGUUCUCGCCUAGCCGUUUAUGAUUAAAAAUGUAUCCAAGAUUUAGAAUCAAUUAAUAUGUGUCUAUUUAUUUUGUGAUUUUUGAAAUAAGUUAAUAUAAAACGUUAGUCAACAUGAGUGUUUUCAAGUCUGCAAUGGGGUACUUCAGUUCUGCAGGUGCCAACGGUGGCAGUGAUAAUGAUUUUGUUGGGCAAUUUGUUGAGAUAGGGAACAUGAAAUUAAGAGUGAAAAAAGUUAUCGCAGAAGGUGGAUUUGCAUUUGUAUUUGUUGCUCAAGAUGUAUCUUCAGGUACAGAAUAUGCUUUAAAAAGGCUAAUGGCUGCUGAUGAACAAGCAAAUAAAAAUAUUAUACAAGAAAUUAGCAUACUAAAAAAACUAUCCGGACAUCCCAAUGUAAUUAAAUAUGUAGCUGCUUCAUUUAUUGAUAAGGCGAAGACUACCCACGGCAUGGGUGAAUAUUUGUUACUAACGGAUCUCUGUAGUGGAGGAAGUUUAAUGGAGGCUUUACAAAAUAGGGGGCAAGCUUUUCCGCUUCCGACAAUACUGAGGGUGUUUUACCAAACAUGCAAAGCUGUGCAGCAUAUGCAUGCACAAGUACCUCCUAUUGCACAUCGUGAUCUCAAACUAGAAAAUUUCCUAAUUUCUAAUGAAGGUACAAUUAAAUUAUGUGACUUUGGUUCUGCAACUACUGAUAUUUUCGCCCCAAAUCCUUCUUGGAGUGCAAAUCAAAGAAAUAUGCUAGAAGAAAAUUUGGCCCAAUUCACUACCCCUAUGUACCGAGCCCCUGAAAUGCUUGAUACAUGGGAUAAUCGUAAAAUAGAUCAUGCUGUUGAUAUAUGGGCUCUAGGAUGUAUUCUGUACACAUUAUGCUACAUGCAGCAUCCAUUUGAAGAUUCAGCUAAACUGGCUAUCUUGAAUGGAAACUACAACCUGAACCCCAAUGAUCAACGAUACAAAUGCUUUCAUGAAAUCAUAAAUGGCUGCCUGACAGUGAACCCCGAAGAGCGUUUGCCCAUAAGCAGUGUCCUGGAGCGGCUGGCUGCGAUAGCGGAGUCCAACAACGUCAAUCUCAAGCAACCACUCAAAUUUGAGCGUAAAAAAGUUGAACAAUCUGUGGCCACUAGCUCGCCAGCGGCCACCGAUCCGGUGCCAAAGAGCCAAGAGCCAGUGAACCCGCGCCCGCCGGAGCCCACUCGCCCCCCUCCGCCCGCGCGCCCGCCCGCGGCGCCGCACUACCACGCGCCGCUGCCUCAAGCCCCGCCCACUUCUGGCGGUCUCUUUUCAUCUAUUAAGGAUGGUGCUGGGAGCUUUUUGAAAAAUUUAAAGGAUACGUCGUCCAAAGUAAUGCAGACCGUGCAGCAGUCAAUAGCGCGGGCGGAUCUCGACAUAAGCUAUAUAACGAGUCGUGUAAUAGUAAUGUCGUAUCCGUCAGAAUUAUUGGAGAGUGCAUAUAAGACUAAUCAUAUCGAAGACGUAAGGCUGUACCUGGAGAGCCACCACCCGGGCGGCAAGUACUGCGUGUUCGCGCCGCUGGAGGCGCGCGCGCGCUUCCCGCGGCGGCAGCUCGUGGCCGACGCGUCGCUGUGGGCGGCCGACGAGCUGCGCGCGCCGCUGCUGGCGCCCACCUACGCGCUGCUGCAGCGCAUGUACCGCUACCUCGCGCAGGACGACCGCGCCGCGCUCGUCGUCGCCUGCCAGGACGGUAAAUCCAGAUCCUGCCUGCUGCUCUGCGGGCUGUUGAUGUACGCGAGGCUGGUGUCGGUUCCGGAAGACGCGCUACAAAUAUUUGCAGUAAAGCGUACGCCGAUCAACCUCCCCCCGAGCCAGCUGCGGUAUCUGUACUACCUAAAUAAUAUAAUAAGACCCGAGCCAAUACUCCCGCAUUUCAGGCCCGUGUCGCUGGUGUCGCUCACGAUACAGCCCGUUCCGCUCUUCACAAAAGCAAGGGACGGUUGUCGACCAUUCCUGGAAGUAUACAAUGAAGAUAGAUUGGUCUCACCUCCGUUGAGGAAUUAUGAAAGUAUGCAUCUGUUUAUGAUGACUGAAGGGAAGGUGACGCUGCCGCUGGACUGCACGGUGGUGGGCGACGUGUCGGUGUGCGUGUUCCACCUGCGCCAGCAGCUCGGCCGCCUGCAGCGCGUGCCCGUGCUGUCCGUGGCCUUCCACACGGGCUUCCUGCACUACGACCAGCACGUCGUCAAGUUCACCAGAUCAGAAAUCGACGGUAUAGACGAGUCGGGCCCGGUGAACGAGCACUUCUCGUCCAACGUGUCAGUUGUUAUCAGUCUCGUGGUACAGAACGGAGAACGACGCAAACCACGCAGUGACAUCUGGGAGGAGGACCACUCCUUCCCCGUCAGGACUCCCGACGUCCUCUUCUCCACCACGCUUGAGAGAGACGAGACCAUAGACAACUUUGCUAAUCUCCGAAGAGACCCAUCGGCCAUACCGACAAUGACAGCCGAGUUCCCGGCGCGCGAGGCGGAGGCGCGCCCCCCCGCGCCGCACCGCCCGCCGCCCCCCGCGCCCGCGCCCGCCGCGCCCGCGCACACGGCGGACUUCCUGAACAUUGCGAACAAACCCGCGCCAGAACAGAAACUCGAUGGGGCAAAGACUGAGAAACUGAAAAGUGAGGACUCGUUCGACUUCUUCGGUAUGCUGGAGAAGCCAACCACCGAUGAGUCGUUCGGGGACUUCCUGAGCAGUAAAGUCGCUGAAAACCCACAGCCAUUCGUAUCAGAAUCAAUAUUCGGCGAUCUCCCCCCACCGCCGACGACCACCGCUGCCAGCGUGAACGUGAACGCGACCGAUAAUUUCGAUCCGUUCGGUCUCAACGAUCCGUUGCCGAAGCAGGAGCCGCUCCUUACUCCACUGCCGGUUAAAGAUGACGGUCGUCAACAAACGAAUGCAGAACAAGCUUCAGAAAAACGAGACCCCUUCGCAGAUCUCGGCAUGCUAGGGGCGGGGUUACCAGGAGCUGCUCCUGCUGUCACGCCCAUGACCACUCCUCUCGUUACGCCCAUGGUUACCCCCAUGGUGACUCCCCGAGCGUCCCCCGCACAUACUCCCGCGCAUCAGCCGCAUACCCCCGCCAGGUCACCGGCGCACCAACCGGAUUACAGUCGUACUCACUUUGAGACAACGAAGCCUCCAACGGAGGAAAAAACUAAGAAGACGGGCGAUGUAUUCGGCGAUUUAUUAGGUAGCCAAGGGUACGACUUCGCCAAACGUGAGUCUGGGCCUAAGACGAUGAAUGCCAUGCGGAAAGAAGAAAUGGUUAAAGAAAUGGAUCCUGACAAGUUAAAAAUACACGAAUGGACGGAAGGCAAGAAGGCCAACAUCCGCGCCCUGCUGUGCUCGCUGCACGGCGUGGUGUGGGCGGAGUGCCGCUGGACGCGCGUGGACAUGGCGCAGCUCGUGUCGCCGGCUGACGUCAAGCGCCACUACCGGAAGGCCUGCCUCGCUGUGCACCCCGAUAAGCAAAUGGGUACGCCGAACGAGAACUUAGCGAAAAUGAUAUUUAUGGAGCUAAACAACGCCUGGAGCGAUUUUGAAAGCGACGCGAAACAACAAAACUUAUUCCAAUCUUAAUGUCACGUGACGACCUCAUAAAUGCCGAUCCCUUAGUAUUAGACAAAAUAGAUAGGUCCAAAUGCCUCAACUUAAUUGCUUCGUAUAUUAUUUCUUCGUUCAAAUAUAUAUUUACAUAGGAGAAUAGAUCAAUGCGUGUUUAAAAAUAAAGUUCAACGGGAAAACGC